AUGCCACUCCAACUGCAUCCAAUGACCACUGACGAUACUUUGUCAUGGACACGCGUGCGCGCACUCGCCUACUAUGGUCCGACGCACGACCUCCUACACACCGGCCCCAUCAGCGAAACAUCCAUACGCGGUGUGGCUGAGGGCCGCAAGCGCGAGAUCAACAAGCCAAACGCGUGGCACUGGAAAGUUGUAGACACAGAUCUCGAGCCUAGUUCUGACGACCCACCUGAUAACGGCGGACGCACGAUCGCGGUGUCAGUAUGGAGCAUGCACAAGGUCUCAGUGACCAAAGGGGAUGAGAAGAACGAAGCACCUUCCAUUCCGGUGGAGAAAGCAGAUGACACUCCCGGCUUUCUCCCACCAGAAUUGCGUCUCGAAGCUCUGGGCUCAUUGCUCGGUCCUCUACGAGCCGCUCAGGCUUCCAUCAUGGGCACGUCGACGCCGUACUUUAUGCUGAAUUCACUGGCUACGCAUCCGGAUCAUCAGGGUCGCGGAGCUGCGAAGAUGAUGCUGGACUGGGGGAUGCAGAAGGCGGAUGAGGAGGGGCUGGUCACGUAUUUGGAUUCCACGAUGACCGGGAGGCCUGUGUACGAGAGGAGGGGGUUUGCGCUGGUGAAGACGCUUGAGUGGGAUCGGAUGCCGUGGGGAGGAGAGGGCAAGGACUGGCAUGGGUGCAUGGUUCGGCCAGCGAAGAGCGUGGAGAAGUAG